AUGUCAAUUAAUAAUAUAUCCGCAUAUGCUCACAGUGCUGAACCGUCAUGUUCUAGCGCGGCAUCAAAGUCAUCUGAAGCUUCCGCUUCAACUACAACAAGCACAUUAAAAACCCGAAAAGGACUAUCUUAUGUCAUUGGUAAUACCAACAAUAAUGACAAUCAUAUACUUCCAAUAAAUGCUGUUCAAUAUUCUAAACUUACCAAUCAACUAUAUACUGCAGGAAGAGAUGGCACUGUUAAAGUAUGGAACCAUAAUAUAUCCAAUAAACAACAAGAAACGACAAUGAAUAAUAAUACGGAUGAUGAAAAUCAUGAACAUUUUAAUGAUUAUCAAGAUUUAGAUGAAAAAUUAUUACGACUAGAAACUUCAAUUUCUUCAAAUCCAAUUCCAUAUAAUUUAACCUCAUUUGAAAAUAAUUUCCAAAUUGUAAAUAAUUAUAGUAAUCAUUUUGAUUGGAUUAAUGAUAUUCAAUUAAUUAAUGAUGAUAAAACUUUAGUAUCAUGUUCAGCUGAUUUAUCUAUCAAAAUUAUUGACUUGAUGAAUGCUACAACUGAUGUUCACUUUAAUACUAAAAACGCUUGUAUACACAAAUUCCCCAAUGUUCAUACUGAUUAUAUCAAGAAAUUAUCCUAUUCAAAUAGAACUCCCAAUCAAAUAAUAAGUGGUGGUUUAGAUGGGAAAGUAGUAGUUUGGGAUUUAAACAAUUUAAAACCAACGCAAGUCAUUGAAAAUAAACCACUGGGAUCAUUACCAAGUUCAAUAUACUCUUUAGCAAAUAAUAAUUCAAGUCUUAUAAGUGCCGGUGGACCCAAUAAUACGAUCAAUAUAUUCGACCAAAGAACUUCCAGUCCUUUUAUUAAGAAAUUAAUUGGACAUCAAGAUACUAUUCGAUGUUUAUUAAUGAGUGAUCGAUUUAUUUUAAGUGGAUCUUCUGAUACAACUAUUAAAUUAUGGGAUUUAAGAACAUUUAAAGUUUAUAAGAAUUUUGAUAUUCAUGAUUGUCCAGUUUGGUCAAUGACUGCAGAAACUUGUUCUAUUAGCAAUGAUUUUUCCCAAUUUUAUUCAGGUGAUAAAGAGGGGAAUAUUAUUAAAACUGAUUUGUCUUAUAUAUCAACGAAUGUUACCCAUGGUGAGCACUUUUUCGAUACUUUUACCCCGAGUGAAAAUCUUCAACUUGAUGAAAAAUUAGGUAUUUCAACUAUUGUUGCCAAAGGUGAUUCCCCCAUUCUUUCAAUAUGUCUUGAAACUAAUGAAGAUACGAUAUUCACAUCAAAUUAUGAAUCAUUAACUAGAUUUGUCAAUCCAAAUACUAAUCAAUUAGCCCAAUAUCAAUAUUUACGUAAUUGUUUGGAUUAUUCGAUUAGUCGUGAUGCACAACUCAAGGAUGAAUUAGCUAGUGGAUUAGGUGAUAAUGCUACCAUUCAUACUGGAGGUGCACCUCAAAAUGAUGACUUGAAUUCUGAUUUUUAUGAUUUAAUUAGUCAUUUAUCAACUGAAACCGUGGCAAAUAUCAAUGAUUUACAAUCUACAUUCUCCCAUGUCCAUUCUGGAGAAGGAACACCACCCACCGAUCAUGCUGUGGAUGGACAUGGCGAUGAUCAUGACUAUAAUAGUAGUAGUGAUAAUGACGAUGACGAGAACGGAUUGAAUAAAGAAGACUAUACAUCUAUGUUUUUGAAUGUUAAUGGAGGUCCAUCACAUGAAUUCAUAAAUGCAUUUCAAGAAGAUAUAGAAUUUGAAAACUUCAAUUUUUCAGAAGAAACCCCCAAUAUUCAUAUCACAUUGAUGAAAGCUACUCAAUCACUGAAUUCACAAGCUAUAUCAAUGGGAACAAGAUCAUCAAUACAACGAAAACAAGAUAAUUCUUCAAAGUCAAGCAUCCUGAAUGAAUUCCUUGACCUUACUCCCAUUGAAAUCUUACUAAAUCCAAUCCCGCAAGAACAAAUCACGUCAGUUCCAUUCAAUACAAAACCAAUAUCAGAGUUCGAUCUAAUUCCCAAAAGUGUAGUUUCGAAACGAGUCUUCAACAAUAAGAGACAUGUGAUUGUAUUAUAUCGUAAUGGAGAUAUAAAAAUCUGGGAUCUUUUGACAUGUACUCAAUUAAAAUUUUAUCCUGGAGAAUGUAGUGAUGUAAUGUUGACCAACAAGGAGAUUGAAAGUCGAUUACGAGAUUUGGAUUCCUAUUAUCAAAAAGAACAAGGAUCAGAUACGUUGAAUAAUUGGUGUGAUGUUGAGAUCAAAUCGGGGAAAUUGAUGGUGACUAUCAAGGAAGGCUCGUUGAUGAAUCUGGAAAUUUAUUAUGAUACUUUAGUGGCUGAUUAUCCUUUCUUGAGUGUGGAUGAUCCCGUGAAUCAGGCGAGAUAUCAUGGGAAUAAGAUAAAAUAUAAUGUUGAUGAUCGAUAUCAAAUUGGGUCGAUUUUAUUGAAGUCAUUUUUCAAGGGGUAUAGUCUAUAUGAAUGGCAAUUUGAUUGUUUGUUAAGAGAGGAAUUAAGACAUUCUAGUAAGUUUAAUAAAAGUCUUGAUAUUGAGAAUGAUGCAAGUUCUUUGUCUAAUAGUUUGAGGAAAUUGAAAUCAUUUGGAAGAAAAAGUCAUAAACAUGAUUUACUGAAUGGUUCAGGUCAAAGUACACCUACUGGUAAUGGAUCUACCAAUGCUAGUUUUAUUGAUAUCCCAGCUCCAAAUCUUGAUUUCCCCAUGAGUGAAUUUAUUUCAAUGACUGAAGAUCAAUUAAAUAAAAUGUCUAAUGAUUAUGAUAAUUCAAUUAUGAAAUUUUUACAUUCAAAUAAAAAAUAUUAUAUGGAGAAAUGUGCCAGUAUUGGAACCAAAAAAUUAGAUUCAUUAUUAAAUGUAGAUAGAAUCCAUCCAUAUAUCAAUGAAGAACUAACCGGAGAAAUCCAAUAUUCCCCCGUGGUUGAUAUCAAAUAUUUCCCCCAAGAUUUAUUAGUCAUCAUAUUUGAAUAUGCCCCCGAUUUGGGUAAUUAUCGAGAUUGUCUUUCUUUCCAAUUACGUGAUAUUGAUAAAUUAAGUUCCUUCACUACCCAGAAAAUCGAUUUAUCAUUCAUAAAUGAUUUACGAUUAUUAAUGCCACUGUGGUUAGGUGAUCCAAUCCUAUACAACAAAUACCCCCUUAAGGAAGCACCCAAAAUCGCAUUCCAAUUAUUGGAAUACGAUUAUGGAACCCUAUCCCCUAAUAUCAAAAUUGGAGGUAAAUCACAGAAAAAGAUCAAAAAAUUACCAAAUUUAAAUGGAUCAAUUAAUUUAACUUCUCAUAAUAUGUUAAGAGUAAGCAAAAUCUUGGGAUAUUUAGUUGAGAAAUUCGAAUCAAAAACUAGUGAAAUGAAGGAUAAGAAAUUGAGCCCUGUGGAUUGGUUAGUAUUGGAAUGCCGGGGUGAGGAAUUACAACCCGAUAUGACAUUACAAACUAUAAAGACAAAACUUUGGAAGAGUAAUACUGAUGUUGAAUUACGAUAUCGUAGAAAAUUUGAUGGUGUUUAG